CCGGCGUCUCCUCGCGCCCGCGCAGUCCCCGCCGCAGUCGGCUGCAGCCGCAGGACCGAGCGUGGACCCGGAGGAGAGCCCGGAGGAGAGCCCGGAGGAGGCGGCAAACUUGGCGGUGCCGCAGCCUCGCCCCGGCCCUCGGCCGCCUGCCGUCCCUCCACCAGCCUGAGCAUGGCCCCGCUGUCCCUGCCCCUGCUGGCGGUCCUGGCCCUGGCCCGGGGCCCCGCGGCCUCAGCUGAUGCCCUGGAAGGGGACAGCUCAGAGGACCGGGCCUUCCGCGUGCGCAUUGCCGGCGACGCGCCUCUGCAGGGCGUGCUGGGCGGCGCCCUCACCAUCCCGUGCCACGUUCACUACCUGCGGCCGCCGCCGGGCCGCCGGGCCGUGCUGGGCUCCCCGCGGGUCAAGUGGACCUUCCUGUCCGGGGGCCGGGAGGCCGAGGUGCUGGUGGCGCGGGGGCUGCGCGUCAAGGUGAGCGAGGCCUACCGGUUCCGCGUGGCGCUGCCCGCCUACCCGGCGACGCUCACCGACGUCUCCCUGACGCUGAGCGAGCUGCGGCCCAACGACUCUGGCAUCUACCGCUGCGAGGUCCAGCACGGCAUAGACGACAGCAGCGACGCCGUGGAGGUCAAGGUCAAAGGGGUCGUCUUUCUCUACCGGGAGGGCUCUGCCCGCUACGCUUUCUCCUUCGCCCGGGCCCAGGAGGCCUGUGCCCGCAUCGGAGCCCGCAUUGCCACCCCGGAGCAGCUCUACGCCGCCUACCUCGGGGGCUAUGAGCAGUGUGAUGCUGGCUGGCUGUCCGACCAGACCGUGAGGUAUCCCAUCCAGACCCCGCGGGAGGCCUGUUACGGAGACAUGGAUGGCUUCCCUGGGGUCCGGAACUACGGCGUGGUGGACCCGGAUGACCUCUAUGAUGUCUACUGCUAUGCCGAAGACCUAAAUGGAGAGCUGUUCCUGGGCGCCCCUCCAGACAAGCUGACGUUGGAGGAGGCACGGGCAUACUGCCGGGAGCGGGGUGCACAGAUUGCCACCACGGGCCAGCUGUAUGCAGCCUGGGAUGGUGGCCUGGACCGCUGCAGCCCCGGCUGGCUGGCCGAUGGCAGCGUGCGCUACCCCAUCGUCACGCCCAGCCAGCGCUGUGGCGGGGGCCUGCCUGGUGUCAAGACUCUCUUCCUCUUCCCCAACCAGACCGGCUUCCCGGACAAGUACAGCCGCUUCAACGUCUACUGCUUCCGAGACUCUGGCCAGCCCUCCGCCACGCCUGACGCCUCCCACCCAGCCUCUGACGGGCUGGAGGCCAUUGUCACCGUGACGGAGACCCUGGAGGAGCUGCAGCUGCCCCGGGAGGCCGUGGAGAGAGAGUCCCGGGGAGCCAUCUACUCCAUCCCCGUGGUGGAGGAUGGGGGAGGCGGAGGCUCCACUCCGGAAGACCCAGCAGAGGCCCCUAGGACCCUCCUCGAAUUCGAAACCCAGUCCAUUGUACCUCCCCUGGGGUCCUCAGAAGAGGAAGGCAAGGCUUUGGAGGAAGAAGAGAAAUACAUGGAUGAAGAAGAUAAAGAGGAGGAGGGAGAGGAGCAGGUGGAGGACGAGGCCCUGUGGGCCUGGCCCAGCGAGCUCGGCAGCCCGGACCCAGAGCCUCCUCUCCCUACGGAGCCAGUCCCAGAGGAGUGGCUCUCCCGUGCCUCCCCGCCGCCAGCGAGGGCGGUGCUACAGCCUGGAGCAUCACCACCCCCCGGUGGAGAGCCAGAGGCCCCCAGGCCUCCAGGGGUCCUGGGACCCCCCACGGAGGCUCUGCCCACUCCCCAGAACGGGAAACUGGCAUCCCCACCACCUUCCGCUCCGGUUGGGGAGAGAGAGGUGGGGGAGGAGGCUGGGGGUCCUGAGCUGUCUGGGGUCCCUCGAGGAGAGAGUGAGGAGACAGGGAGCUCUGAGGAGACCCCCGCCCUGCUUCCAGCCACACAGGCCCCUGAGGGUGCCGGGGAACUGGAGGCCCCCUCUGAAGAGAAUUCUGGAAGAACUGUCCCAGCAGGGACCUCAGUGCGGGUUCAGCCGGUGCUGCCCACUGACAGCGCCAGCCAAGGCGGAGUGGCCGUGGCCCCCUCAUCAGGCUCUCCUCUGCCUUUCUUCCCAACUGCCGGGAGCGCAGAUCUGACUGUACAGAGAAGUCACUGUCCAUCCAUCCAUGGGACUGCGAGCAGUUGUCCCUCACUCCCGAUGGGGAGAAACCCCCACCAGCCUGAGUGUGUGUGUGUGUGUGUGUGUGUGUGUAUGCAUGUGCACGCUUGUAUUCAUUUCCGAUCCAUCUGGAUGGCUCCCAUGUAGAGCCAUACAUACAGACUCCUAAUAGAGAAAGCCCAUCUUAGCAUAGAGGCCCAAACUGGCAUCCAGGCACCCCAGCCUCCCCCUCGGCACAACUCAGCAGGGAGACAGUAUCUAACUUUCAUCCCUCUGCCCAUGGCCUCCCCCUUCUUCACUAACCCCUGCACGAAAGACCACCCCACCCCUAGGAAGAAUGGCCUCACCUUCCCUGAACCAAAGGAUCGCCAAGUCCCUAAUGCUGGAGAAGACCAAAUCAGGAGGCGAGGAAGAGGGAAUGUGGAGGUGGGGACAGGGGUGGGGAGUCAGGCUCUGGGCUCUGAGAGAAGCCGUACCCAUCCAGGGAAGGCUGAGGUUCCCAGUGGGGAUCCCUGGAGAAGGCUGGGAUCCGCCCGGUCCCAGGACCACCCUUCCUACAAGGUCCAGGGCGGGCUGGGGGCCCCUGCAUCACACCCAGGCUCCCCCAUGCCAACUCCUGGCUCCCUGACCAGCUGGCCUUGGAGUUCAGUGCUGUGUGCGUUGCGAGGGGGUUGGUGGGAAGAGAAGCAGGGGAAGUCUCUGCAGGAUUGUAGUUCCCCCACCUGGAGGGUGACCGAUGUCCUCUGGCGCUGCCGUUACAGCAGGAGUGAAGAACUUUCUGGUUGUGUACAGCAGUUGGCCCCAAGAAGGGGGGAGGAAGGAAGAGCAGAAAGUCUCAGGAAGGAGUUCCUUUGCCCCCACUCUGUCUGCCCUGGGGUGGGGGUGGGGGCUAUGGCCUGGGUGGACAACCAGGGACCAAGUGUGGAAGUCCCCGUCCCCCAGGGCUCCUGCCCUCUGCGGGGCGCGUGCGUGCCGGGCUAGACCAAACACCUCCCUCCCCCUUCGCCCUGGGAGCCGGUGCUCCCAGCCUGGAAGAAAUUGUUGGCAGGAGGAGAGGUGCCAGGGUGCGGGUGCUGGAACAGCUGAUUCAUUUCACCCAAAACAGCGAGGUCAUCCCAGCAAAAUUUUUGGAUUCGACUCCAGUGUCUCCUCCCCCCCUCUGCUCUCCCCCCACCCCCACCAGGCAGAGGGAAGCACAGGGGGCCCUGCCCUUGGCUGCUGGGGGUGUGGUGUGGGCCGAAGAGUCCCGCCCGGGGGUGGUUGUACCUCCCAGGCUGAGCGCCCAGCCCUGCACUGUCAGUCUGUGGGGCCAUCUUCCUCUUCCUGGCCCAGAAGGAGUAGAAUGUGCCCUGUCUGAGCACUGGUCUAAGGGCAGCCACCUCCUACCCCAGGACCCACAGGGAGAGAGUCCUGAGGAGAAGGCAGGUGACGCAGCCAGACAACAGAUGGCAGCUUCAGGGCAAUGCGUCAGUCUAAGAGGGCUGCCUGGAGGAGAGAGCGCCUGAAGAAGGGAGAGAUGGAUUGGAGGGGGUUAGACUGGCUGACUGCAGAGGGCCCAGAGUGGAGGGGAGCCUGGGGACGGGAUCGGUUCUUCACUAUCAGCU